AUGACCUUUGGUCUUAGAAUGACUUGUAUGAUGGAGGCUGCAAUGUAUCGCCAUUGGUCAGAUCUUCAGCCGGAACUCCUGGGCCUUGUUCUCAAGUACCUCCCCUCCCUGUCUGACCGUGUUCGUCUAAGAGCAGUCUGUCGCACCUGGCGCUCUAAUAGUAUGUUGCAGCCCCUUCCUCUGCCAUUCCCGUGGCUCACCCUCCCAGACGGUACUUUCCUCAGCAUUCCAGGUAGUGAAAUUCACCGCAUACCUGUACCAGAAGGUGCUUGUUGCCAAGGCUCCAUUGACAACUGGCUAUUCCUCAUUAACAAUGCUAAUAUGUGCUCAUUGAUGAAUCCUUUCUCCAAGACCGCACUGGAGCUUCCUAAUCUAGUGGCUGUUUGGGAGCGUGAGAUACGUUACCACUCUGACCGUAAACCAAUUUUCUAUAAGUUGGUGGUGCCCUCUCCCCUGGACUCGUCACCUCAUUCCCCUGUCGUUGCACUAAUCAUGGACGAUGGUUGUUUCCAUACACUUUGUAUUAGCCAGCCACCAAUUGCUACUGCCUCGCUCAGAGAUAAUAAGGAUCCACGAUUGUUCCUUAGUGAUGUCGUAUUCUUCAACGGGAAGUUAUACGCAUGGGGUCGCUUCGGGCAGCUAUUCAUCAUUGAUUUGGGCAAUGACCGUACCAUUUCAUCCAUCAGCUGCAUAAUUGACUCUUUGGGUGAUAUAGGUGGAACACCGCAACAUUUGUCCAUAGCAGAGGAGUACAUGGUAAAACCAUAUCUUGUUGAAUGUGGUGGUAAACUGUUGCUGGUGGCAAGAUGGUUUCGCUGCACGCCAAGUUCGACAAGCUACGAUGUCUUUGAACAUAAAUGUACUGCCGCAUUUCAGGUCUUUGAGGCAGACCUGCACACCAGCCCCGGUCGAUGGAGAAAGGCCACUGAGUUGGGUGGCCAUGCGCUCUUUCUUGGCCAACAUGGCUCCAAGUGCCUGCCUGCUGUGGGAUGCAGUGGAUACGACGAGGAUUGCAUCUACUUCAUGUGUGACUAUGUCUGGCCGACCUCUUCUGCAAAUCCUCUUUGCGACUCUGGUGUGUACAGCAUGAGGGACGGCACAAUCACGCCGUUGAUGUCAGAGGCAGCAGCAGCACCGCUGCAGCGUGUUGGACAGUGGCGGCCCACAUGGUUCUUCCCUCCUGAAGCUGUGUGA